CAAGGUUCUUUGAUCUGGCAGCGCUCUCAACUUUAGGCUCUGGAUUAUGUCGGAGAAUCUUAUAGCAGACCAAACCGUGUGGAUCAGGUAUUUGUGUACUCCGUACACGAGAGAGGCAUGUCUGAUUUCGGACUUCUCCGUGCGGUAGACUCGAUUACGGUAGGCAAAUCAGCUUGCAGAGCUCCGACCCAGGCGGCUACUGGGACAAAACCCGAAUCGCGUUCUAUGAUCUAUCUCCCGCCGAAGAGUGAGAGACGGCUUUUAGUUGAGAAUUUUCUCGAAUUUACUUUGCUUGCCAUCGAGGCUGGUGGUUCCGGCAUCUUCUGCAUCUUUGGGUUUCUUUUUCUCUUUCAUUUCUGUCCCAAUUUAUUUUAUUUUAUUCUUUUUUUUUUUCUCCUUCCUUUAGAAUUUUUUUUAUACAUAAAAGGUACGUAGAUAAAGAUAUAGAUGCAUAUGAAAAUAAAAGAAGAAACAGCAGAAAAUCACAGCAAUUUUUAGCU